UAGUGCUCUUGACUGUCUGAGUCUUCCAUUGUUUCCAACAUCAUUCAUAUAUAGUUACUUCACACAGAGAUAGAGCAGAGGAGUAAAAGAAGAAAAACAAGAAGUUGAUCAGUGCAAUAGACGCCUUUAAGUCAUGGGCAGUUCAACGGGAAAAAAUGUACAAAAGAAAGGAUAAUAAGGCUCAAAUCAUGGGUGCAAUGGUGUAUGAAUGCAGAGCUAGGUUUGAUCAAUUGGAGCAAGAGUAUUACUAUGAUGACUACUUUCUUUAAUCUUUUCAGAAAGAAAGGAUCUUCCUUGUACACUCAGUUGACCGAAAUUGAUUUAGGUGCAGACCACAGUACCAUCCAAUUUAGUUGGCCAACAAGAAGAAACAUUUGUGUAGGUGUUGCAAGGGGUCUUGCGUUCCUUCAUGAAGAGGUUCGGUCCCACUUUAUCUAUAGAAAGAUACAAGCAACCAAAGUACUACUUGACGAAGAUCUCCGGCCAAAAAGUUCACAUUUUGGGCUUGCAAAGCUUAUCCCACCCAGUGUAUAUUUUCCUUUUGAAGGUGGUUAUGUGGCACCAGAACAUGGAGUCCGAAAUAAAGUGACAAUAAAAUCAGCUUUGGAGCUCUAUUAUUAGAAAUUGUUAGUGGGAGGCUUAACCGAAUAGGACAUUUGCCUGUUGAAGAACACAAUCUUCUCAUAAGGGUAAGGACAUUUGCCUGUUGAAGAACACAAUCUUCUCAUAAGGGCUUGGAACUUGUAUGAGGCUGGAGAGACAGAAAAGUUGGUGGAUGCUUAUCUAAAUGGAGACUUCAAUGUUAAGGAGGCCAUCAGAUUUUGAAAGAUUGCUCUCCUUUGCAUGCAGGAUUAUCCUCAGCUACGACCCUCAAUGUCCAUUGUGCUUCAAAUGCUUAUAGCCGAAAAAGAUUUGAAUAAGAAUAUAAGAAAACCAAACACAACAUUUGACUAUGUGGAGAGGCCUUAAGUGCAUGCAAACAAAAGGGCAAGUAUGAAGAAAAUGGUAAAAUUUUGUUAGCUGAAAGGUUUAGGGUUUCUUUUGCUAAUAUGACCUUAUUCUGUAGCAGCCAAUCUUUGUUGCCAUCUUUGGCUACAAAGCAGCAUUAAGCUUGUAUCAUAGUUUAGCUUCUUCAACAUACGUUGGAUUUCUCCUUGAAGUUGAGCCAAAACAAAUAUUUUUGGUACUCAUUAAGUUUGGAGCACAAUUUAUAUGAAAGAUUAUUGAUUUUUAA